AUGGCCACUUCCCAUCCGAGCGACCAUCGGCAUAUGCGCAGCGGAAGCCUCAACAUUCCGCCUCAAGGUGGUCGCCUUGGUGGGAUGAUGGGUGUUGUGCCAGGCGCUCGCUUUGACGGGCCCCGAAGUCCGCCAAACACGUCGCAUGUGCCAUGCAAAUUCUUCCGACAAGGCGCCUGCCAGGCAGGCAAUGCGUGUCCCUUCAGCCAUGACCUCAGCGCCGCCUCCGAGACGGUGUGCAAGUAUUUCGCCAAGGGCAAUUGCAAGUUUGGCCCGAAAUGCGCAAACAUCCACGUGCUGCCUGACGGGCGUCGAAUCAACUACGGCAAGAACGGUGUCACGAUCGGAGCGCCUCCAGGAGUCGCCCUCGGGGUUCGCGUGAAUCCGGCGACCUACCAUCAACCGUCCAACAGCGCGCUGACCAACUCUUUUAUGCGCGCCGACCAGGUGCCCGGAUACGCCAACCCGGCUCCAUAUGGUGCACAAGAUGACCUCUACAGCCACCAGUUGGCGCCCCAGCAGGGCGUGGAGCAAGUCCUUCCCGUAAUCGACACCACGUACAGCUCCAACCCGGCCUCUGUCUACGGUUCCCCACGCGACGAGGACGCAAGUCGCCUCGGCCUCGGCCUGUCGCCCGUGAACACGAAGGGUCUCUCGGUCCUCGACGCCCCGCUUCCUGCUUCCUUCGACAGCAACGGCAUAUCACUCGCCGCGCGGUACGGUCCAUGGCCAGCCUCGGUGCCGUCGAAAUUCGGCCUCGAGUCCCCCUCACCGUCCCUCCACUCCGCUCGAGACGCCCGCACGUCCGAAACGCUCAAGCUCCUGCACACGUCGGCGUUCGGCAGCAGCGAGCACCUCUCGCCCUCGGCCAUUGCCGCAAGCGAUACCAACGGCUUCGGCAGCAGUCCACCCGUCGGCUCCGCCACCAUGGCUUCGGUGCUGUGGAGCGAGGAGUACUUUGGGAAGCGCUUCAUGCACAGCAGCUCGUUGCGCUACGCCAAACCGCGGCUGAUCAGCAGCAGCGUGCCAAAGAUUGAUCGGGAUUGGGAGGCCGAGUUUAUGUUUGAGGAGGACUAUGUCCCGGGCGCUCUGGCAAACGAGGUCCUGACGCCGGCGGAGAAGGCCAGAAGGGGGUCCAAUACUAACACGGUGCGCAUGACGGAGCCCAUAGAGCCGACCGUGGAGUCUGUGCCUGUUAGCCAGACAAAAUUCGGCAGCCCAACCAUGUCGGCGAGCCCGAGUCGAUGGGGGCCCCUCUUUCAGCGCCAGAAAGACGACGAGUUUGACGCCGGCGGAUCUGCUCGCCCGAUGAAGCAUGUCUCGCAGUUUGGGCACGUGGGGAGUCCGCUGAGGAACUCAAGCCUGGCAUCGGCCAUCAUGGCUGAGGUUAAUGGGGAGUCAGCUAGCGGCCCGGCAGCGAAUGCGGAGAGCGGGAAUGAGUCGGUCUCGGCGCUGACGCGGCAGCUUCGAGAGACACGUUUAUCCGAGGGCGGCCCGGGAAGCUCCAGCCCCCAUAUCUACCCUACCGCAAUGCGGAACCACAAGACGAGCGGCCAGAGCGUCGCAAGCGCCGGGAUAAUCGGAAGGGAGCGGGAGAAGGAUCGAGUGGCUGAGCGGCACGCCAGCAGCGGCUCCAUCAGCUCGAGCGUAACGGGGAGAUUUACCACGCCGAUUGACGAGGAGGAGUCCUCGUUUGUCUUCAGGAUGGAAGAGGAAGACGAUUCGCAGACACGGGCAAGGAAACGUGCGUCGGGAGGAAAUACCGGCGUCAGCAGCCCGCUUAGCUCCGCUUGGAGCUACGCCAACGUCGUUGCCAGCAACAGGAACUCCACGACCGCGGCCAAUGGGAGCAAGGCUGCGUGA